AUGCCCGGCGGAGGACGUUUCAAACUCGGCCCAGGAGCCAUAGCCGGCAUCGUAAUCGUGGUCCUCUUCCUCUUCCUCCUCUGCAUCGUCGUCGCCUGCUGCUGUUCCUCCCGCGGCCGCUUCCGCCGCUCCGGCCGCCGCCACUUCCAAAACAAACCCCACCACCUCCCACCACCCGCUCAAAUGCAAUCCCGCCACGACCACCACCGACGCUCCCGCAGCACCCGGCCCCGCAUCGAAACCUCCCGCGCCGUCCCCGACAUGCCCCACAUCGACUCCCCGUCUAUCGCCGAGUCGCCACGGGAUCACCACCACCGCGAUGCGCCAUACCGAUCGGACAGCCAUGCUUCGAGGGGUGCUAGAGUCGGGAAUACCUACGAGUCGGAUGUUUCGGUCGUUGUACCGAGUCGGGAGAAUACGACGAGACCGCAGGCUGCGGUUGUGAGGAAUGCACCGCCGCCGCCGGUGUAUGGGGAUGUGGGGACGUAUCGGUCGAGUAAGGGGGUGGCGAGGAGUGUGAAGGGGAAGUAUGUGCCGAGGAGGUCGAGGACUACGAGGGAUUGA